AUCGUACAUGCUGUAGGAGAGGCUGUGCUCAACCCUCCGAGCCUGCUGGAGUUUUGAUAAGCAAAUAUUGUCAUUGCUCAGAGCUUCCUUAUUGGCUGUGACUCCACCAGAUUUUGACACAAGUAAUCAGAUUGAAAAAUCAGGGCGGGGUGAGAAGAACGGGCCAGAUAGAAGAGUGUGAGGACAGUUUGGUUACACUUUAGUUUGUAUGCAUCACGAGCAAGUAGAGACUGGGAUCCUUUAAUUAUCCUUGUGCCAGAAGGAGUGGACAGAAAAAUGCCUCGGUCCUUUCUGGUGAAGACAAAGAGAACUCACACAUACCAACAGCACCGCUACUCAGAUGACACGUUGAUACGAGAUGACCCGGUCUCAGCUUCAUGUCUAGAUCAGCAAUCCAAGGAUCCACUAGAAGGAGAUUUACUAUGCAGCGACCUCAAAGAAAACAGCCCUGAAGACCAGGCCAGGAACAAGUCUCAGGAGUACCAAGGAGAUGAGAAGGGGAAGUCAACAUUUCUGACCAAAGGCAACUCAAGCCCUUCCACACCAGGCAUUUCGCUGUCCUUGCUUCCUCUAAAGGCCUACAGUUCUCCUGGAUUGUCCGCCUUCUACAAGCAGAACUUUUCCUGGGACUCCCUACAUUCUGCCUACAGCUUCAAGCAAAUUCCAUCCCAUCUACACCCCUCCAUGCUACAGCACUCUUUAAACCUGUACAAUAGUUCUUCUACAACUAACUCAGAGUAUGACCUUCCCCUUAAUUACAGCAUGGGGUACACUUCAGCUAUGGAAACCUACCACUGUGUACAGUGCAGCAAAGUCUUCUCUACGUCCCAUGGUCUUGAGGUACAUGUACGAAGAUCUCACAGUGGGACCAGGCCGUAUGUUUGCGAAAUUUGUGGAAAGUCAUUUGGUCAUUCAGUGAGCCUGGACCAGCACCUGAACGUCCACUCACAGGAAAGGAGCUUUGAGUGCAAGAUGUGUGGAAAGACAUUUAAGCGCUCCUCUACCUUGUCUACCCAUCUGCUCAUCCACUCUGACACACGGCCCUACCCCUGUCAGUUCUGUGGCAAGCGCUUCCAUCAAAAGUCUGACAUGAAAAAGCAUACUUACAUUCAUACAGGAGAAAAGCCACACAAGUGUCAGGUCUGCGGAAAAGCAUUCAGUCAGAGCUCCAACCUCAUCACACACAGCCGCAAGCACACAGGAUUCAAACCGUUCACCUGUGAUUUGUGCGGGAAAGGCUUUCAACGCAAAGUGGACCUUCGCAGACACAAAGAGAACCAGCACGGAAUAAAAUGACUGUUAACAGCAGCUCCCAUCUGCGUAUACAAGGACCAUCCAUUCUCUGAUUCUUCACUUUUGGGAAGACAGACGAGGAGAUCUCUGCAACCAAGUUCUCAGCUUUGCCACCCACCCAGUUUAUUAAUAGGGGGGGUCUCACUCCCUUACUGGAUUUUUCUUGUAGUUAAAAUGUAACUUGCCAAAAGUUUUGUUUUUCUAGUUUUUGCAAGAGUAAGGAAGGUUGACAAGCUCUGUCAGAUUUUAAUUGCCUGUGUUCCAAUUAAGGAGAUUUCUCAUCACUUCCUGUCCCAGAUGUAGCGCCAACCCAAGGGCCGCUGAGUUGUGUUCCAGCCUCUUCUCCUACUAGUGCAGCAGCAGUCAGGCAAACAGCAAUUAUCACUCCUCUGACUCAGAAAACAGACUAGGGCUGCCUUUUUUUAAGUUUAUUGCAUAUUAGCUUGGAUGGGGCUUACGGAACUGUGGGAUACUCCAGAACACUGAACAGGAAUGUGAAUGUAAAACUCUUUCCUUUGAAGCUACUUCCUAGCACAGUUCUUUGAGCACUGAGACACCAUUAGCAAUGUUCCAGGCAAUGCUGUAUCCUGGCCUAGGCCAACAAGGCCCAGGCCUGGGGCAGCACGGACAG